GGGUGGGCGUGGGGCCUCUGUGGCCCGAGGGGUACUUGGCUUCGGAGUGUGAAGCCGAGAGAGGGCUGGUCCCCGGGAGGCCCCGGCCCGGGGGAUGGGGCAUGUGGAGGGUGUCGCGCAAAUGAGGUCGGGGCCGAGUGGAUUAACCACGGGACCCCGCGGGUCCGAACCGGGAGCGCAGCCUGCACUCUCCACCACCCGCCCUUCGGGAAUGUCAGUACUAAGCCAAGAGGCUGCUGCACUAGAAAAUUGUGUCUUGAGUUCUUGGCAGAAGAGAAACUGAGUCACCAGCUCAGGAACCGCAGGCUGCUGCCGCUCACCCCGUGUCUUCUGGCCGUUUCCCUCUUUGCUGCCCCUCCCCACAGGCUCCCCCUGUCCUCUUCCUGGGGCCCAUCAUGAAUGGUGCCCCUUCCCCAGAGGAUGGGGCCUUCCCUUCUCCACCUGUGCUGCCACCACCCCCUCCCCCCAGUUGGCGGGAGUUCUGUGAGUCCCAUGCAAGGGCUGCUGCCCUGGAUUUUGCCCGCCGAUUCCGCCUCUACCUGGCCUCUCACCCACAAUAUGCUGGGCCUGGGGCAGAGGCUGCCUUCUCCCGCCGUUUUGCUGAGCUCUUCCUGCAGCACUUUGAAGCUGAGGUGGCCCGGGCCUCUGGCUCCCUCUCCCCACCUGUCUUGGCCCCUCUGAGCCCCGGUGUGGAGAUCCCACCACCACAUGACCUGUCCCUUGAAAGCUGCCGGGUGGGCGGUCCCCUGGCUGUGUUGGGCCCUUCUCGAUCAUCUGAGGACCUGGCUGGCCCCCUCCCUUCUUCAGUUUCUUCCUCUUCUACAACGACCUCAAAGCCGAAGCUCAAGAAGCGCUUCUCCCUUCGCUCAGUGGGUCGAUCCGUCCGAGGUUCUGUCAGAGGCAUCCUGCAGUGGCGGGGCACUGUUGACCCCCCUUCUCCAGCUGGGCCCCUGGAGAACUCAUCAAGCCCUCCAGUCCUAGGUGGAAACAGCAACUCCAACUCCUCUGGUGGGGCUGGGACCAUUGGUAGGGGACUAGCCAGUGAUGGCACAUCCCCUGGGGAGAGAUGGACUCACCGCUUUGAAAGGCUGAGACUGAGUCGGGGAGGGGGGACCUUGAAGGAUGGAGCAGGAAUGGUACAGAGGGAAGAGCUGCUAAGUUUUAUGGGGGCUGAAGAGGCUGCCCCUGACCCAGCUGGAGUGGGACGGGGAGGAGGGGCAGCUGGGCUGACCUCAGGGGGAGGAGGGCAGCCUCAGUGGCAGAAGUGUCGCUUACUGCUUCGGAGUGAAGGAGAAGCAGGAGGAGGAAGUCGCUUGGAGUUCUUUGUACCACCAAAGGCAUCACGGCCCCGACUUAGCAUUCCCUGCUCUACAAUCACUGAUGUCCGGACAACCACAGCCCUGGAAAUGCCUGACCGGGAAAACACAUUUGUGGUUAAGGUGGAGGGCCCUUUGGAGUAUAUCCUGGAGACAACUGAUGCACUUCAUGUGAAGGCCUGGGUGUCUGAUAUCCAGGAAUGCCUGAGUCCAGGACCCUGCCCUGCUACCAGUCCCCGCCCUAUGACCCUUCCCCUGGCCCCUGGCCCCUCCUUCCCCACAAAGGAGAACACAGACAGCCUGGAAUUACCCUGCCUGAAUCAUUCAGAGAGUCUGCCCAGCCAGGAUCUUCUGCUGGGACCCAGCGAGAGCAGUGACCGCCUGUCACAGGGGGCCUAUGGGGGCCUCUCGGAUCGGCCCUCAGCAUCCUUCUCCCCAAGUUCUGCCUCCAUUGCUGCCUCCCAUUUUGACUCAAUGGAACUGCUUCCUCCAGAGUUGCCCCCUCGCAUCCCUAUUGAAGAGGGACCCCUGGCAGGGACAGUUCAUUCCCUCUCAACCCCCUACCCUCCCUUGGAUACGCCGGAAACAGCCACAGGGUCAUUCCUGUUCCAGGGGGAGUCAGAGGGAGGUGAGGGGGAUCAGCCCCUCUCGGGAUACCCUUGGUUCCACGGGAUGCUUUCUCGACUCAAGGCUGCCCAGUUAGUGCUAGAAGGAGGCACUGGCUCCCAUGGUGUCUUCCUGGUACGUCAGAGUGAGACAAGGCGUGGAGAAUAUGUCCUCACUUUCAACUUCCAGGGCAAAGCCAAGCACCUGCGUUUGUCACUGAAUGAGGAGGGUCAGUGCCGAGUCCAGCAUCUGUGGUUCCAGUCCAUUUUCGAUAUGCUCGAGCACUUCCGGGUGCACCCCAUCCCGCUGGAGUCUGGAGGCUCCAGUGAUGUUGUCCUUGUCAGCUAUGUUCCCUCCCAGCGGCAGCAGGAACCGAACACCUUCCAUGACCCAACCCAGCCCCCUGAACCCCCUCCAUGGACAGAUCCCCAACGUCCUGGGGCAGAAGAGGCGUCGUGGACGCCAGAAGUGGCGGCACCAGCCGCCGCAACAGCCAAAGAGAGGCAAGAGAAAGAGAAAGUGGGCAGUGGAGGGGACCAGGAAGAACUGGUCGCCGUGGCUGAGCUGGUCCCCGUGGUUGAAUUGGAAGAGGCCAUAGCACCUGGCACUGAGAUGCAGGGUGGUGCUGGCUCUGAUGGGGACUUGGGAGUGACCCCAAUGGUGCAGCUUCAGCAGCUUCCACUAGGGGGCAGUGGAGAAGAAGGGGGCCACCCCCGGGCCAUUAAUAACCAGUACUCUUUUGUGUGAGUGUGAGACACCCACCUCCACUCUCCUCUUCCCAGCUUGAGGUCAUGAGACUAGGCUGGGUAGGAACACAGACAGAGAGGAGAGUGGAAUUCCCCUCCCCACAUGCUUCCUGACCCUUAACAGCCAAGGGCAUGUAUGUUGGUACAAUCAGAGGUUCAAGAGCCCUGUUAGGUCCCUAGUUCCUACACUACAGGUGCCCCUGCCCCAAGCCAGGACUUGGGAUCCAUUACCUCCCUGAGGGGCUCUUAUGGUCAGCUCCACUUCUGAGGGCCAUUUCCCCACUAACCACCCCCCCAACCCAAGCAAGGGUGAGGGGGAAGGGCUGUCAGUUAUACUAAGGUGGUUGUUGUUGUUGUUUUAAACAAAAUGGAGAAGCAUAAAUAAAGGGUUUAUCUCAGUACCAUCA